AUGGUCAACGUCAUCACCAAGACUCUUACCUUUUCCCUUGACCCUAAAUUCAACGGACCGUGCACCCUGACCUUGGGCUUUGCACCGGUCACUCAGGAUGUCAACGAGAACAUGUAUCCUGUCGCUUGGAAGGUUUUUGAGCUGAACGCCCAGAACAACACAAAGACCAUUUUGUGGAACAACGAUCUUGCAGGUGGUCAUGCGGUCGUGGACGCCCAAGACGUCGUUACUGCACCCGUCUACAUCAGAAUCCCGCCCGGCUACUCUACCGAGUUGCACAAGGAUAACACGGCGUCGCCGCCGCUGUAUAGCUUUUCUUCAAUCAAGCCGUUCGGUAAACCGAACAACAAACAGUGUCGCGUUGUGAAUGUCACCUCCUCCGUUGAAAGCAUCGCAGCCGGUUUCGUCACUAGUAACAGUGCUCAAGGUGGCAGGGAGGAAAUGGAAAUUGUUCUAGUUGCGAACGCAGUCCAAGACAACAAAUCUGUUUUCAUUGACCACGUCCCGACUCUCACAGUCUGGGCCAAUUUGAAUGUCCACUACAAGGAGUCGGAGUUCCUCGACCGUACCAUGGGAAAUAUCCCAAUCGUUUGGCGCGCAGACCUGUCCAAGCUCAGCGGCAACAACACCACGAUCACAAUCUCGCGCGACUUGGAUGGCAAUAUCAAGGGUACUGGGGGCGGCGCAUCAUACUAUUAUGACAGCUUCGAGCCCACUCAGACUCCGAAUCAAGCAAUCUACACGGCCAACCUCACCUUCGCGGUCCCCGCCCUCGUUGAUGAAAGCCUUCGGGCUAUUGUUGACGAAUUAUCCGCUAUGUCUUACACCACUACUAAGACUAUUACCAACGGAUACGAUACUGAGGCCUCCCUCACGCUCACGCUCACACAAGGCAAGAGCUUCAACCAGGCCCAGCAGGACAUAAUCAGCGCCAUCAAGAACGUCGGCAUGUACGGCAAGGCAUUCGUCAAUGGGCACAGCGGCGCGAUCUGCGUCGCCUCGAGCAACGGCUCCGAGAAGUACCUGGCGAUCAACCCGGCCAGCGACAAGUGGUUCGGCAUCGGUGGCAACAGCACCCAGGCCAUCGCUUUUGACGGUGUCGCCGACGCGAAGGCCUUCGCUGCCCAGGACGGCACUGCUGAAAGUGGCGGACGCCGUGCAGGCCUGGACGUCGCUGCCGCCGCUUGA